AUGUCCGUUUACAACCAUCGUCCCAUGAUGCCUGCGGUUCAGAGCCGCAUUGUCGAAAUGCUGGAUGCCAUCCGCGUGGAAUUCGAUCAACUUGCUCAAGAAGCUUACGUGUGUAAAAGUCAACGAGAUGACUUUGAGCUUAAAAUGAACGCGCAGGUGCAAGAGAUGAAUCAUUUUCAAAAGAGUCUGCUUGAACUAGAAAGAUCACAAAAAAGCCUGAAAGAACAUUACGAAGAAGAAAUCGCUAGACUAAGACAACAACUUGAACAAGCACAUGCACGUGGAGGACAACCACAUCCUCAGCAACAACCACCACCACCACCUCAUCCUGCUCAUCCUUCACAACAACCACCAUCUUCGUUGCCACCUACAACACAAUCAGCUGCUACUCGAGAUGUACCUGUUCAUCAUCAACAUCAACAUCAACCUACUCCCCCUCCACCCAAUCUCGGUCCUGGAGGAUCAAAUUAUUUUGGUGGUAUCAUGAACAAUCCACAUGAUAGUCCAAGAACAGCUCAACAACAACAACAACAACAACCUGGAUUAGCUACUCCACCUGCACAUCACAAUCAGCAAUCAUAUCCAGGCUAUCCACCUUCAGCUACUCCACAGCAGCAACAACAACAACAUCCUGGUUACCCCAAUGGAUCAGCUCCUGCUAUGCAUCAUCCACCAUCUAGUUCACAAGCUCCACCGCCACCUACAUCACAAGCAGGAUUAUACGGAGGACGCAUGCCUACAUCUCCAGCACCGGGGCCGUAUCCUCGGCAGGAACAUGGAGGUUACGGAUAUGCUCGUGUUACUGGUCCAUCGUCAGGAGCUACUGCUGCUAUACCUGGAACACCACCAUUACCAGCACCCCAUCACCAUCAACAACCACCACCACCACCGCCAUCCACUUCAGCACAACAACCACCAACACAAGCUCCUCCACCACCACCACAUGAUGCUACUGAUCCACGUCAGUAUACUUCUCCUAUGCCACCACCAGCUCGUCCUCCAAGUGCCAUGUCUAAAUUGGACAACACUACUUCGCCUCAUCCACCUCAUUCAGCUACUCCUACUACCACAGCACCAGCAUCUUUAUGUGAAAUUGAUCCACAAAGUGUCCCUGCAAACAUGAAAAUGGAAGGCCAAGAUUGGUUUGCUUUGUCAAGCCCUGUAUUGCCACGUUAUCUUAGUGUCGAUCUUGUUCACUCACUUGAGCAUGCUAGUGUGGUGUGCUGCGUCAAGUUUAGCAAUGAUGGAAGAUACAUGGCAGCAGGAUGCAAUCGGAUCACUUACAUCUACGAUGUGGCUACAGGACGACAAUUAUGUGCUCUUCAGGAUGAUAGCGUACAAAGAGAUGGUGAUCUUUAUAUUCGUUCGGUAUGUUUCAGCCCUGAUGGCAUGUACCUUGCAACGGGUGCUGAAGAUAAACAAAUUCGUAUUUGGGAUAUUGCUCGUCGUAUGAUCCGUACACGCCUUUUGGGUCAUAAUCAAGAUAUUUAUUCACUUGAUUUCGGCCGUGAUGGUCGCGUUGUUGUAUCAGGCUCGGGCGAUCGCACAGUGCGCAUUUGGAGCAUUGAAGAGAGCCGUUGUAUUCAUACAUUGCCUAUUACCGAUCCAGAGCAAAAGGAUCCUGGUGUCACAAGUGUAGCUGUAUCACCCGAUGGACGAUUGGUAGCUGCUGGUAGUUUGGAUAAGAUGGUGCGUGUUUGGGAUGUCCAAACCGGUCAACCAUUGGAACGUCUAGAAGGACACAAGGAUAGCGUGUAUUCGGUCGCAUUUAUGAGCAAUGGACGUACCCUUGUCAGUGGCAGUCUUGAUAAAACGAUCAAACUUUGGCAGCUUGGUACCGAUCGCGGCAAAGGUCAACAUCCUUGCAAGAUGACAUUGACAGGUCACAGGGAUUUCGUUCUCUCAGUCGCAUGUACACCUGAUGAUCGUUGGAUUGUAUCUGGUUCUAAGGAUCGUGCUGUUCAAUUCUGGGAUGCAAGGACAGGUCAAGCUCAACUUAUGCUUCAAGGACACAAGAAUUCAGUGAUCUCGGUGGCAGUAACUGCUAAUGGUCGACCUGUGUUUGCUACGGGAUCCGGUGAUAAUAGAGCAAGGAUCUGGAGUUACGAACGUGUCGCAUAG